CGUUCCCAGGCCUUAACACCGGCACGAGCGGCAACUUGAUGGUUUUUUCUCAAGCAAACAAAGGCUAUCUCGCUCGCGCGCACCACACACAUCCAUCCCAUGCGCGUGUUUUCCUCUUCCGCAGAAACCGAAGUCGAUCCGUUUCUUCGCCCCAAAGCAGCAGAAGCAGCAGCAGUAAAAGCAGCUCUGCAACAGUAGCAGCAGAAGCCGCAAAACCCCUGCCCGUCUCUGAUCGGGCUUAGAAUGAAGGAAUAAGAGAGAGAGAGAGAGAGAGAGAGAGAGAGAGAGAGAGAGAGAGAUGGGGGCGACCCUGUCGAGUCUGACGGAAGGGGUAGGGAACGGAGGAUCAUCGACGUCGUUGAUGGGGCCAGGUCUGGGAGACAUCCCGGAGAGCUGCGUGGCGUGUGUGUUCAUGUACCUGACCCCUCCCGAGAUAUGCAACCUUGCUCGCCUCAACCGUGCCUUCCGUGGGGCCGCCUCCUCCGACUCUGUCUGGGAAUCCAAGCUCCCCUCCAAUUACCAAGAUCUGCUCCAACUCCUCCCUCCUGAUGACGUCCACCGCUCCAAGAAGGACAUCUUCGCCCUCUUCGCCCGCUCCGUACCCUUAGACGAUGGCACCAAGGAGGUUUGGCUGGACAGAGUUACAGGUGGAGUUUGCAUGUCGAUUUCGGCAAAAGCUAUGUCAAUCACAGGGAUUGAAGAUCGGAGAUACUGGAGUUGGAUCCCUACUGAAGAAUCCAGGUUCCAUGUUGUGGCCUUUCUGCAGCAAAUAUGGUGGUUUGAAGUAGAUGGUUGGGUGAAAUUCUGUUUCCCUGCAGGUAUAUACAGUUUGUCAUUCAGGCUUCACCUUGGAAGAUUUUCCAAAAGACUAGGACGGCGUGUCUGUAAUUAUGAGAACGCUCAUGGUUGGGAUCUAAGGCCUGUGCGGUUCGAGCUAUCCACUUCAGAUGGGCAGCAAGCAUCGUGCGAGUGCUGUUUGGAUGAACCUGAAAAGGAUGAUGCUAAUGGAAACAACAGAAGGGGGAGCUGGAUAGAGUAUGAGGUGGGUGAAUUUAUUGUCGGUGACUCAGAAACAGCAAUGGAAAUCAGAUUUUCUAUGAAACAAAUUGAUUGCACUCAUUCUAAAGGUGGACUCUGUGUAGACUCUGUAUCUAUUAUACCUAGUGACUUGAGAGAGAGAAGAAAGAGGUUCUUGAGGUAGCUGCAGCAACAUGGUAUGCGGUUGAUUGGAUUAAAGUUUUCAUUGAUAUUGAAUUCCUGAUCCCAGUGUGUGAUUACGGCUCAUCAUACCUAUAGAAGGAUUUUUUAUUUUAUUUUUUGAAAAAGGAUGUCAGUUUAUGAUGUUUAGAUUAGUUCCAGUGCUUUCAGCUAUUUUUUAUUUUUAACACACUGAAAUGCUGCUGCCAAUGCAUGUGUCCGGGACAACUUGUUAUAGUCCGUUUUCUCACUAUACAUGAUCCGUUUUUGUUU